GGUUAGGACUUGGGACGGCAUGGCAACCUCAAAAGUCUAACAUGUGGUAAGAUGAGGGACCGAAUGAGCUUCCUUAACUUCUGGCUUUAAAGAAAACUACUACAAGAUUAAGCUAAACAUUUCUCAUAAUUCUCAUAGUCUUGCCUGGUUUAUAAUUCUCUCUCUCUCUCUCUCUUCUUUUUUUCCUUUUUCUUUUGAGUCACUCACAUCAGUACAUUUUCCAAUUGUUUCUACCUUUUUGGGAUCAUUCUCUUUAGUAUAUAUACUACUUUCCUCAGUGCUGUUUUUCUUUGCCUCUCCGCAAGACAGUAACUCUUGAAACUUUGUCACGUCUCUCUCUCUCUCUCUCUCUCUCUCUCUCUGUGUCAACGUUGAGUUUCAAAUUCUCAUCUUUAAUUGCAAGUUGCAAAGUUGUUAUCCAAAGCUGUCACAAACAAAGAUUUCUUCUUCUUAAACAACAAUUUCUUUUCCCUAUCAUAUUCUCCCUCUUUUGUUUCUACUCUCUGUUUUUUUUUAUUACACAAACAAAAAUAUUAGAAACUUUCCUCCUCUGCUUCAUUUCCGGAGGAGGAGGAAAUCCAAUUGAUCCUCUGAUCUUAGAAAUUUCCAUAAAUUACUCACAGUUCUUGAAACUUGUGCAGAAAAGCUGCCAUUCUCUGUUUUUGUCCCCUUUGUUCCUGUAAAUUUUCAAAUUUGCCUUUGUUCCUCUUUUUUGACUUCCAAGUCCACCCCAUCAUGUCAAUUUUCAAGCCCUCAUAGUUGAAACCUCAGCAUUUUCAUAUGCCAUCACAUUCUUGAAUUCAUUCAAACUUCUUCAACUCUUGUUGAUUCUUCUCAAGCUCAUUAUAUCCUUGAAGGAAUCUUUGUUAGUUAGCUCCUUUUCGUCUGCUUAACUACUUUGAUCCAGUCAUUAUUUCCUCUAGACACCAUUUUUCCUUCUGCUUCCUAAUCAAACAUCAAUAUGUGCUCAGAAGCCAGUCCUCCCAGAUUAUCAUUUUCGCUUGAUCUUGGUCAAGCAGAUGUUUUACCAGUUGGUCACAACCAGCCUCGCAGGGACACAUCACUCUUGGACUUGAAUUGUGACUUUGAGUUUAGCAUCAGCGGCAGCUUCAGGCAUGAAUCUUCUUCGGCAGACGAGCUUUUUUCUCAUGGGGUGAUCCUUCCUAUGCAGCCUAGAGAAAGGAUUGACGAGGCACCGAAACGAAUAGCUAACAGUGAAGCCAGACAUAGUGCUUCCCUCCCUCCUCUUCCAAGUCCCCCAUCAAAUGAGAACCAAAAGAAAGAGAGCGUGAAGGAAGUUGUUACGGAUAUGAAUCCUGAUCAUCUGGAGCUGCACAAGCCUCAGUCCAAGUCUUUCUGGGGGUUCAAUAGAAGCAGCAGCCUCAACCAAGACAACAAGAAGAGUUUGCUUUGCUCCCUGCCACUCUUGUCAAGAAGCAAUUCAACUGGAUCGGCUCCAAAUCCAAAUCCAAAGAAAACCACAUUUAAGCAAAGCUCGUCACAAAAGCAAUCAUCAAAUAUUUCUAUGUCAAAGUCGUCUUCAUAUUCAUCAUCGUCUUCCUCCUCAUCGAACCCGUAUGCAACGCUGCCAAGGCCCCCAUCAAAGAAGGGUUACAAUGGAUCAUCUUACUACGGCAAUGGUGUUCGGAUUAGCCCCGUCUUAAAUGUACCAUCUCCUUACAUUUCCAAAGGAACUGCAAAACUCUUUUGUUUGGGUUCUUUUUUACACCCCGGCGGGAAAGAUAAGAAGGCCAAGAAAUGAUUUAUUCGCAGAAAUCUUGUGAGUUUACUCGGAAAGAAGAAACAGAUUGUUCAGUUUGUACAGUAAAAAAAAAAACACACAGGAUGGGUAGGAGGAGGGUCUUGGCAGGCUGACUGAAGCAUGUUAAAAUGUCAUUAACUCAGGUGACACAGCAGGUGCCCUUAUUUUCAGGAUUUGUCUUCAUUAUGAGGGAGGGUUGCUUUUGAUUAUUCUAAAAGUACUUUUGGUCUGUCUUCUUCUAUGCUAAUGAACAUUGAACAUACACACACUGUUUGUUCAGCUAACCUUUUUGUUUGUAAACUUUGUAGUUAUAUAUGAAUCAAAGAUUAUUCACCUUUUUCCAAUAAGGAUUUGUUGUGGUUGAAGAGAAGAAGGGUGAAGGAGCUGGUUUCAGGGGUUGGGUUUGGAAAACAAGUCCACGUUGAAAUGGCCUUCGCUUUCUAGAUUUCUUGUCUGGAUUAACUUUUAGCUGUUGAGCUAAUUUAAUCACGGACCAUGUGUCUUCGGUUCGUCAUCAAACUUUUUUUUAUGUUGGGGUCUAGUCUAGCAUAGCAUGGCUAGAUGCCUUGUUCUCCUACAGUAUACGGUACCAAAGGCUAUACAUAAUGCUGUAUCUACUUUUGGUGACGUUGGCUUGACAUGACCAUAAUGAAUGAGACCUAUUAUGAAUU